AGCCCGAAUUCCGCCCCGAACGCACCUUGAUUCCAGAACCGCCUCGUUCUGCCGCCAAAUGAAAUAACAACAGGCUGACGUCACCACGGAGACCGGCGCGAGGCAGAGACAAACAACAACAAACCGGCACACAAAGAGGUCCUUCCCCGGCGCCAACAUUUUCCCCCCGUACUCCUUAGUGAUGAGUCAUGUGGCCGUCGAAAACGCCCACGCGCUGGAGCAGCAGCUCGCCGUUCUGGACCUGAGCGCCCCGGAUGGACAAGGGGGAGGUACUAACAGACGAUAUAUUCCUCCACAUCUGCGGACCAAAGAUGUGUCCAAGAACGUAGGGAACGCCUUUGCGGCGGGACGACCGGGCGGCUACACCAUCGCGGCCGGAUACGGGUGGGACGGAGGCCGCGGCGGCUUCGUCAACGGUUUCCAUGACAACCGCCUCGCCGGGAACGCCUUCAACCGCGGCCCGCCCCGCAUGGAGCGGGGCCGAGGCGGAGUGGGUGGUUACCGCGGCAACAGGGGCGGAUCCUUCAACCCCAUAAACCCGGCACAGCCCAUGGGCUUUGCAGCAGCUGUGCCUUCAGAUGCAGGAGGAUGGACCCCCACCAAGGACGCCUACGGCAGCUUCAGCAACAACCGGGGCAAGUCCGCCUUCUUCAACGACCGCGGGACCGCCAACAGAGGAAGGUAUGAACACAGCGGAUUCGGAGCGGGGGGGGCCGGGAACAGCCGCUGGGUGGAGGAGUCCAGAGACGACGGGGACUGGUCCAAACCCACGCAGAGGAACGAGCGUCUGGAACAUGAGUUGUUUUCCGGCAGCAACACGGGGAUCAACUUUGAGAAAUACGACGACAUCCCGGUGGAGGCGACGGGGCAGAACUGCCCCCACCACAUCGAGAGCUUUCAGGACAUAGACAUGGGGGAGAUCAUCAUGGGGAACGUGGCUCUGACCCGCUACACCAGACCCACCCCCGUCCAGAAAUACGCCAUCCCCAUCAUCAAGUCCAAGAGGGACCUGAUGGCGUGCGCCCAGACAGGCUCGGGGAAGACGGCGGCGUUCCUUCUGCCCAUCCUCAGCCAGAUCUACACGGACGGACCAGGAGAAGCCCUGAACGCCGCCAAAGCCUCGGGAACGGACAAUGGGAAGUACGGCCGCCGUAAGCAGUACCCCAUCGCGCUGGUUCUGGCCCCCACCCGGGAGCUGGCCCUGCAGAUCUACGACGAGGCCCGGAAGUUCUCCUACCGGUCCAGAGUGCGGCCCUGCGUGGUGUACGGAGGUGCCGACAUCGGCCAGCAGAUCCGGGACCUGGAGCGGGGCUGCCACCUGCUGGUGGCCACGCCGGGACGGCUGGUGGACAUGAUGGAGCGGGGCAAGAUCGGCCUGGACUACUGCAACUACCUCAUCCUGGACGAGGCGGACCGCAUGCUGGACAUGGGAUUCGAACCUCAGAUCCGCCGCAUCGUGGAGCAAGACACCAUGCCACACAAGGGCAUCAGGCAGACACUGAUGUUCAGCGCCACCUUCCCCAAAGAGAUCCAGAUCCUGGCGAGGGACUUCCUGGAGGACUACAUCUUCCUGGCGGUGGGCAGAGUGGGCUCCACCUCCGAGAACAUCACCCAGAAGGUGGUGUGGGUGGAGGAGAGCGACAAGAGGUCCUUCCUGCUGGACCUGCUGAGUGCCACAGUCAUCCCCACCGAGGUGCAGGACGGCUGUGGAGACGGCGUGGAGAAGCCCGGGAAGGACUCGCUGACUCUGGUGUUUGUGGAGACCAAGAAGGGGGCGGACGCCCUGGAGGACUUCCUGUACCGGGAGGGCUACGCCUGCACCAGUAUCCACGGCGACCGCUCCCAGCGGGACCGGGAGGAGGCGCUGAGCCAGUUCCGGUCGGGGAAGUGUCCCAUCCUGGUGGCUACGGCGGUGGCGGCACGCGGUCUGGACAUCUCCAACGUCAAGCACGUCAUCAACUUUGACCUUCCCAGCGACAUCGAGGAGUACGUCCACCGCAUUGGGCGCACCGGCCGCGUGGGGAACCUGGGUCUGGCCACGUCCUUCUUCAACGACAAGAACGGGAACAUCACCAAAGACCUGCUGGACAUCCUGGUGGAGGCCAAACAGGAGGUGCCGUCGUGGCUGGAGAGCCUGGCGUACGAGCACCAGCACAAGAGCACCAGCAGGGGGCGCUCCAAGAGGUUCGCCGGAGGCUUCGGGGCGCGGGACUACCGCCAGACCACCGCCGGGGGCGGCGCAGGGGGAUUUGGCGGGCGUGGUGGACGCAACCAGGGGGUGCACGUGGGAAACCGCGGGUUUGGAACCGGAGGAUUUGGGAACUUCUACACCAGCGACGGCUACGGGGGCAACUACUCCCACUCUCAAGUGGACUGGUGGGGCAGCUAAGCGCCCCGUGUCGUCUUCACCCCCACCACCCUUCAGACCCCCACAUGCAUGUGACCAAAUAUAUACCCCCCCCAUGUCUGUUUCUUAGCCGUAGACUUCUGGUGGGUUGAAGCUCCGCCCUUCUUCACGUCGGCCAAUGAAGGGACUCUAGACUCCGACUGAGGGAGGCCACGCCCCCUCUCAGGUGUCCUGAAGGAUGGGGGGGUGAAGACCCCUCCAUGAGAGACUUUGCUUUUUCAUUGGUUCUUAGUGUCUCCAUUGAAGUUCCAGCAGUGGGUCGGGUCCAGAACGGUUCUGAUCCUUCAGCGCCGGCUAAGCUCCGCCUCCUUCAACAGAACAUUCAGCCUUGAUGAUGUGGUCUGGAGCGGUCCUGGUGGGGGGGUCCUGAGGCCCAGAGGACCAGAGUUCUGUGCCUAAAGAAUCGGGUCCAUGAUGUCAGACCGACCCGGUUCCAACAGGUCUGCCCCCCCCAGAACCAGCCGGGCUGGGACUACAUCACACCCCGGCAAAACUAAAAGCUGCCCCCCCCAGCAGCUGUUCAUGCAGGGGGGGUCAGGGUUAAGAUUUCCCUCAGAACAAACCGGAUCAGGACGGAUCCUGCCGUCGUCCCCCCCAACCCCCCAGCUGCUAGCAGAUGAAGGGGCUCUUCUGCUUCUUCCGGACCCCCACCCUAUGUGUGCUGCUGGACGCUGGUGGUUCUGGGGGGGGCCAGAUGUUUGCUACAGAGUCCGGCUCAUGGAACCGUCCUGACGGCAAAGUGGGGGGGUUAUGGGGGGUUCUGCAGCUUCGGUCUCUUUCAGGUUUUGGGCAGCAUGGGGGGGGGGGGGGGGGGUCGGCUCUCUCAGGGGGGGGCUUAGAGGGUUCACAGUGUAGACAGUCCACGCCCACCCACCUGAGGCUCCUCCCAUCACAGGAAGUUCCUGUUCCUGGGGGGGGCAGGUAUCUGUGACCUCAAACAUCUGGAGGAACAGGGAUGAGCGUGGAACAGUGGAACAUCCAGAAGACAGAACCACAGCACACAGACCCACCCCCCCCACCCCAGCCUGGAGGAGCUCCAGCAGCUCCUCCAGGCUGGGGGAGGGGGGGUCCAGGAGCUCAGAUGUGAAUAAAAGGACGUCUGACAUCAA